AUGCCUUCCUUUCUGUCGUCUCCCCGCGCUCGUCUCCUGCUCGGUGGUGCUCUCUUAGUUGUACUGUUGUCGUUUUGGAAGCUUUCAGAAAGUUCAGGAAGCUCAUAUCUUCCGAUUUUAAAAUCCUCAAAACCAAACGCUGCAAUUUUCAUCUUAUUGGCGCCCAACCGCAUCACACAAGCCCUAGUUGCCCUACAAAACGUCGAGGACAGAUUCAACAGACGACUCAAGUAUCCCAUUAUCCUCUUCACGGCAGAGGACGAGGCACACUUUAUAACUGAAGACAUCAAAGCGAAAGCCAGCCAUAUAACAAAUGGGCGUGCAUCUUUCGCCACAGCGACGAAGGAAUCCUGGGAUAUACCGGCAUGGAUGGAUGAGAAGCGUGUCAAUAGUUCUUUGGAAACCAUAGGGUUCUCUACUGGUUAUCGGGCAAUGUGCCGAUACUACUCAGGAUUCUUUUGGAAGAAUCCAGCGCUCGUCUCUUACGAGUGGUUAUGGCGCCUUGAUACAGAUAUACAGUUCCAUUGUGAUGUGCCCUAUGACCCCAUAGAAGUUCUAAUAUCCAAGAAAGCGUUAUAUGGGUUUGUGCAAGUUAAUUAUGAUGUUUCAUGGGUCCAGCCGAGUCUUGCCUCGAACGUAUCGCAGUUCUUGAGCAACAAUAGACAUCUGAUUCCUGCGGAUGCGAAUCAGCAUUUUGUAUGGAAGGGUGAUGCCGGAGUAGCCAAAGCUAUGGCCGGCACUGCAGGGAACGACGACUGGACCGGGGCCUGCAUGUAUAACAACUUUGAAAUAUCGCAUCGCAGUGUAUGGGAGAGUAGCCUAUAUACGAAGUUCUUCGAUCAUCUAGAGAAGGCUGGAGGAUUUUUUUAUGAGAGAUGGGGCGACUCUCCUGUACACUCGUACGGGCUGGCAAUGUCCCUAAGGAAAGAUCAAAUAGUUCAAUUUGACGAUCUAGGGUAUGGCCUCUCAAGCUCCGAGCAUAUUGUCAAAUUUACUUUUGGCAGGUAUCAGCAUCAAGGGUGGGCCUACGAGUGCCCCAAAUUGGAUAGAUGUGCCUGUAUCGAAGACGAUGACACACGAGAUUUUAAUAACAACGGCGAUGCAUGGUUCAAACCCACUAUGUAG